AUGAGGGCAGAUAUCAGGAGAUGCCGUCGAUGCAAGCGGAAAAGAUUAGACGAUGAACCAUUGGAGGUGAGACAAUACAAGACAUGUGCCAAGUGCCGAAUCAUAGAGAGAAACAAGAAAAACCUGCGAAAGCCCUUGGCGGAAGAGACUAUGCUCUAUGGGUUGAAGCAAUUUCGAGAACAGCAAUCAACAGAAAACUAUAUUGAAGAGGAAGGGUUGUUGAAGGACGAGUUUUUCAAACGGUACCACAAUAAACCAUUUAAUUACGACUUGGAGAUUGCAAGGGUGUUGAAUGACCCCAACUAUGUGCCUCCGGUGAUCACUGCCAACACCGAAGAGAUUAUGGUGUCUUCGGAAGUUGCCUCUCCCAACGGCACUAAGUAUCAAAUGACCAUGAUUGACGACGGUGCACCGUCGAGACCACCUUCGUAUCGUGUUGAAAAGCCGCGGAAACCAAGGCAGCCUAGUGUCAAGGACAUUCGCCAUUACUUAGGUCACGAUACUCCAGCUCCAAUUCUAAUGGCAACAGCGCUGCAGAAUCGAGCACUACAAACUCAACCACCAUCCCAGUCGUUGCCCUUGCCGUUGCCCUUGCACUUGCCACAAACCUCAGCGGCACAAGUGAGUGAUUUUCCGGCUAUGCCGUUUCCUGAAGACGAGCCAAACAGCCUCUUGAAAGAGUUUGCCGAGUUGGGCAAUGACGAUAUGAUGGUGGAUGACCUCCUGACGGAGUUCAACCCUUACAAUUACAACAAUGUUUAUCACGACUUGCAAAAGCUAUUGUUGCAGAUUAUAGAGCACAAGGAAAACAAGGUGAACCUCAAGAACUUGGUCUUUUUGAAAGAGCACGAUAGCGAGUUUGCUGAGAAAAUGUCGUGCAAUGUCCAGUUCCCGAAUUACCUGCAUCUCAAGUUGAAUGAGAAACAGAUACGGAUGAACUUGUUGGAAAACUUAAAGACCUUGUACCUUGAUCCAAUCAUAGCGACAUUGGGGUUGGAUUUUACUCAAAAGUCGAGCAAUGUUCACGACUAUAAAUCUAGUCACACUUUGCGAUCAUACUACCAGUACAUUGACAUUAACCAAAACCCAAAUGAAACUUUGAGUUUCGGGAAGAUUAAAAGUUCGACGAUUGGAUUGAGCUACAACAGAGACCAUAAUAUAGUUACAAUCAAGAUUAGCUUUUUAUUGGAUUUACCUAGGAAAAGGAGGUAUGGCCGGGCGUUCAAGCGUGCAGUUUGGUCAAUUUUAAAAGAGUUGGGGAAAAAUGGCAAGGAAGAGCCGGGUCAUGAUCUCGAGACAGGUGCUCUUGUAUUUGGUAGACUUGUGUCACUGCUACCAAAGUUGGAAGCUGAAGUCAUGUCGGAACUCAAGGGCAUCACCCAGGAGGAGUUUGUUAACGAUUUUGCCAACUUUGAAACUGCAUUUGUUCAUUCUGAUGUCGAGGAAGAAGAAGUUGAAGUUGAAGCUGAAGCUCAAGCUCAAGUUGAGGAAGGUGAAGCUCAAGGAGAAGAACCUGAAAUUGAAGAGGAAAAUCACAAAGACCAAGAACAUCAAGAAGAAGACGAAAUGAAUCAAGAAGAAGAAGAAGUAGUAGUAGAAGAAGAAGAAGAAAAGGAACAGGAACAGGAACAAGAAAAUCAAGCAGGUGAUGAGAACGAUGUACUUUUAGUUACGGAAGCGGACGAUUUUGUACUAAACGACGAUGAAGCAGACGGCGAUGGUGAAGAUGAUGGCGAAGAUAAUCAGCAGACUAGAGAUGGUAAUCCGUCUCCUCUUGAAGAAGAACAAGACUUGAAUGACGUUGCCUUGGUAUUAAAGGGCGCGGUUGAAAAUAUGGAACGUCCAGAAACAAAGCCUUCUUUUCAGAAGGAAGCUACGCUUGAAAUUGUGGAUCCCGUUUUCAAAUCAUGA